AUGCGCGAUCAUUCCAUAAGCGAUCUCCUCGAUUACCGCCGCGACCUUGCGAUCCUCGACCCCGCCGGCGGCCGGUCGUCUCGCAAUCAGCACAACAACCCGUCCACCGGCUCUCUCGGCCAAAUCGCGCCUUGGAUGACGGGCAACGGCAGCGCCGCCUCGCCGGCGGCCCCUCCCGAUCCCGCACCCGCCACCUUCUACAACGACUCGACCGAUAAUCUGUCAUUAGACUCGCGCCUGUCUCCCGGUGUCCGGACCUCAAUCAGCCAGCGCGACCCCUGCCGGCACCGACUCCCCCGACGCAGCAUACUUUACCGACGAGAGGCGCCCGACAUUGCCCGAUACGGGGAAGCCCCAGUUCGAGACAUCCUCAGCGGCCCGGAUCGCGGCCGCUACAUGACCGACGGUUCUGCGCAGAUCCCACCCAAGACUUCCGGCUCCGGCCGGUCCGGUCAUUCAAUCGUGCACCUGCCUGGCCACCACAGACACAACAAGAGCAACGAAGACCCGAGGUCGCUGCGCCCGUCGAUCAGCAGGGAGGAUUCUUCCGCCCCCGCGCCCAAGGAACGCAACGGUUCGAACGGCAUGUACGGCACGAGGUCGCGCGCUCAGAGCCCGGCUCCAAGCGCAAACAGUGGCUCCUGGGGCUCCAAGACGGUUGUUAACGACGGCCAAACAUCCCCGGGCCACCACCACCACAAGCGCCGGUUCAUCGAUCGCUUGGUGGGGAGAAGGGACAAGGACGACCGGCAGGCCGAUCUGAGGAAGCUGCCCGUGUCUUCCCAAUCCCUCCAGCCACGGCCAAGCAAGUACGAGUUUCCCUUCAGUGAAGGGCAAUCGACCCAUGGAUCCGAAUGGCCAGCCACCCCCGAUCUCCGUGAUGUCCACGGAUCGCGUCCCGGGUACGUACGUACCGCGACAUUCCAAAACAAGUUUCCGUUUUCUUCUUCCAAGAAGAGCCGCACCAUCAGGCAACACGAUGACAUCGACGAGAACAUUGGGCCUACCGACAAGCAGGUUAGCGGAGGAACUGUGUUCCACCUCGACACGAAUCUUAGCGAUAUGGAGGGGAUCCUGAGCAGGCCGUUGCCCUUGACACCCAUGGACCCUGACUUUCUGAACGAUAUCGACUUCGACAAGUUACCCAUCCAGCCCACCGACCCGAGCGGCGCUUGGAAUGCUCCCGACAGCUGGGCGGUCCGCCGUGGGGACGAUACCUCAGCCCAAGUUCCAGAGGCUGACGACAUCGGGAGUCCGCCGAGGCCAGAGGAAAAGCUCACCAACUAUUGUAUCCGUGUGUUCAGGCCAGACGGCACAUUUGCGACGCUGCAGAUGGCGCUUGACGCGACCGUGUCCGAAGUUGUUUCACAGCUCGUGAAGAAAUCAUACGUCAUGGACGGCGUGAAAGAUUACAGCAUCGUUCUGAAGAAGCAUAACUUGACCCGCGUGCUCGGCUCCGCCGAGCGUCCGCUCCUGAUGCAAAAGCGCCUCCUGCAGCAGGUCGGAUAUGAGGAACGUGACAGGAUAGAGGACAUUGGCCGCGAGGAUAACAGUUACCUGUGUCGCUUCAUGUUCCUGCCGGCACAAGCGAACGACUUCCAUGCCGCCGCGAACAACUCGGGACUCUCUCGUCCUGUGAAGUACAGCCACGUCGACAUAUCCGGCCGUAACUUGAUCGCAAUUCCCCUCGUGCUCUACUCCAAAGCUUCCGAGAUCAUUUCUCUCAACCUCUCCAAGAAUCUGUCGCUCGACGUGCCGCGGGACUUCAUCCAGGCUUGCACCAGUCUGCGUGACAUAAAGUAUCUUAGCAACGAGGCCCGGAAACUACCGCCAAGCCUGGCCUCGGCCAACAAACUCACGUUCCUAGACGUUUCGCACAACCGCCUGGAGGAGCUCGAGCACGCCGAUCUUGGCGGAAUCACCGGGCUUCUCAAACUCAAGCUAGCCAACAAUCGCCUCAACCACCUACCCACCUACUUUGGGGCUUAUUCGGUGCUGCGGGCCCUGGACCUUUCUUCCAACUACCUGGAGAAGUUCCCAGCAUUUCUAUGUGGCCUGGAAAGCCUUGUUGAUCUGGACCUCAGCUUCAACCUCAUCAGUGAUCUCCCGGACGCCAUCGGGAAGCUGAGAAGCCUGGAAAAGUUCGUCGUGACGAAUAACCGGCUGACGGGCACGUUUCCCCGGUCCUUCAAAGAUCUGAGCAGCCUUCGCGAACUCGACAUCAAGUACAACACGAUCGUGAACAUUGACGUGAUUGCGGAGCUUCCGAAACUGGAGAUCCUGACCGCCGACCACAAUUCCGUCUCCCAGUUCGUCGGUACGUUCGAGAGGUUACGCAGCCUGAAGCUCAACUCGAAUCCUGUCACCAAGUUCGAAAUCAGGUCCCCGGUCCCCACCCUCAAGCUUCUUAAUCUGUCCAGCGCCCAGCUAGCGAGCAUUGACGAGUCGUUCAACAACAUGCCAAGCCUUGAGCGUCUAGUCCUCGACAGAAACUACUUUGUCUCGUUACCCAGCCAGAUCGGCAACCUGAGAAAGCUUGAAUACUUCAGCAUAGCGCACAACUCGGUGGGCAAGCUGCCUCAAGAGAUCGGCUGUCUCACAGAACUGCGUGUUUUAGACGUCCGUGGAAACAACAUCCGCCGACUCCCGACGGAAUUAUGGUGGGCAAGCAAAUUGGAGACGCUCAACGCGUCAUCCAAUAUCUUGGACAGCUUUCCGACCCACGCGUCUCGCGCGCCUCAGCCUCCCGAAGACCCAAACAGCACAACCAGCUCCCUCAGCAGCAAGGUAUCCGGGACGGCACGUGGCCUUUCUCCAAUGCCGAGCGUCGAGGAGCUCAAGGGCGAUGCGUCUCGGCGCCCAAGCCAGGCUUCGAGUGCCACGCUUCUCAGCGUGGGCCCGUCGCCCGUACCGGGAGCUGAUAACAGAAAGGGCUCCAUGGUAUCACUGUAUGGAAAGGGCGGCCGUAAUACGUCUGUGGUGUCGCGGAGCACGCCUAGUGGCUCUAUUGCGACCAUAAGCCCUGCCCUUAGAAAAGAUUCCGGCUUCGGUGCGAUCCUGACCAAUACUUUCGCUGGUUCCCUCAGGGAAUUAUAUCUUGCCGAUAACCAACUGGACGACGACAUUUUCGACCAAACCACACUUCUUUCCGAGCUCCGCAUCCUCAACCUGUCCUACAAUGAGCUCGGCGACAUGCCUCAGCGUAUAAUGAAAAACUGGCCACAAUUGACCGAGUUGUACCUUUCAGGCAAUGAACUUGCAAGCCUUCCUGCCGAUGACCUGGAAGACUAUUCCUUGUUGCAGACAUUGCACAUCAACGGCAACAAGUUCACGAACCUCCCCGCUGACAUAUCUCGAGCAAAGAGGCUGGCCGUCCUGGACUGCGGCAGCAACUCGCUCAAAUACAACAUUGCAAACGUUCCCUACGAUUGGAACUGGAACCUCAAUCCCAAGCUCAGGUAUCUCAACCUGUCCGGGAAUAGGCGCCUGGAGAUCAAGCAGGCCUAUCCCGGUGCUAGCGCGCAGAACCGCGAGCAGCUCACCGACUUCGGCCGUCUUGCCAAUCUCCGCGUCCUGGGCCUGAUCGACGUGACGCUGACCCAGCCGAGCAUUCCCGACCAAAGCGAAGACCGUCGUGUCAGAACGUCGAGCUCUCUAGCAGGGUACCUGCCCUACGGCAUGGCCGAUACUCUUGGGAGAAACGAGCACCUUUCCACUAUUGACCUCGUAGUUCCGCGCUUCAACUCAUCCGACUCGCAGACUCUCCUAGGGUUAUUCGAUGGCCAGGCACUUAGCAGCGGCGGCUCCAAGAUUGCCAAGUACCUCCACGAGAAUUUCAACGAUAUCUUCACCCAUGAAUUGAGGAACUUGAAACCUAGCCAGGGCGAGACCGCCGAGGACGCGCUACGGCGCGCCUUCCUGUCGCUCAACAAAGAACUAGUCACGGCCGCAAUUCAACACACGGAGGACAGGCCGAUCACGACGCACCGCGGGUCCCAGACUCCACUGGUGCUGAGCCAAGAGGACCUCAACUCGGGCGGCGUUGCUACCGUUGUCUACCUAGACGAGCAAGAGCUGUAUGUUGCAAACGUUGGCGAUGCCCAGGCGAUGCUCAUCCAGACCGACGGCAAAGCCAAAAUUCUGACCAAGAAGCACGACCCGGCAGACCCCGUGGAGCGAUCGCGCAUCCGGGACGCCGGGGGCUGGGUCUCACGUCGGGGGCGCCUGAACGACUUGCUUGCCGUCUCGCGGGCCUUUGGCUACGCAAAGCUGCUGCCGACUGUGCAAGCCGCGCCGCACAUCAAACAUCACACGAUCGGGGACCAAGACGACAUGAUUCUCGUGGCUACUGGGGAGCUGUGGGAGUACUUGACUCCAGAGCUCGUUGUUGAUGUUGCGCGCUCUGUGCGCGGUGACCUGAUGCGAGCGGCGCAGAAGAUACGCGAUCUCGCAAUAGCCUACGGCUGCCGAGAGAAGAUCAUGGUCAUGAUGCUAAGCGUGUCGAACCUCAAGCAGCGCCGCGAGCGUUCGCGGAUGCACAGGGGGCAGAGCAUGUCGUGGUUCAACUUCCCACAGGACGACACCAAUGCCGCCGCGGCUGCGGCGCGCAGGGCGAGAAAGGCCAAGGCAACCGGUCCGCUCGAUUCGGUUUUGUCCCGUCUCGACGCCGAAGUGCCUGCCCCGACUGGCAUGAUUGCCAUCGUGUUCACCGACAUCAAGAACUCAACGCAACUGUGGGAGACUUACCCAGGGGCCAUGAGAUCGGCCAUCCGGCUGCACAACGAGGCGCUGCGUAGGCAACUCAGGAUUAUCGGCGGGUUCGAGGUCAAGACCGAAGGUGAUGCCUUCAUGGUAUCGUUCCCGACCGCCACCUCGGCGCUCCUGUGGUGUUUCGCCGUCCAGACACAGCUUCUAACCAUUAAUUGGCCCAUCGAGAUGCUCAGCUCCAUCAACUGCCAGCCUGCCUUUGACCGCGACAAUAAGCUCAUCUUCCGGGGCCUGUCGGUACGCAUGGGCAUCCACUGGGGCGAGCCGCUGGCUGAGCCAGACGCGGUCACUCGUCGCAUGGACUACUAUGGCCCGAUGGUGAACAAGGCAAGCCGCGUCACGGCGUGCGCCGAUGGCGGACAAAUCACCGCGUCUGCGGACUUCCUUUCGGAAAUCCAGCGCUGCCUCGAAACAUACAAGGAACCGGCAACCCCGAACGAGGACAGCUUCGAUGAGGACAUGUUUGCCCAAGCCAUUCGCAAUGAGCUCCGCACCCUCACCAGUCAAGGUUUCGAGGUCAAGGAGAUGGGCGAGAAGAAGCUCAAGGGCCUCGAAAACCCAGAGUACAUCUACUCUCUGUACCCGCACUCGCUCGUCGGGCGGGUCGAGCAGCACUCCCUCCACGAUCGGGCGCAGUCCACGACGGACAAGCCCGCCGUCCUGAGCCCCGACAGCGACCUAGCCGUGAAUCCGGAUGAGGUCUGGGCCAUGUGGCAUGUGGCGCUGAGACUCGAAAUGUUGUGCAGCACGCUCGAGGACGUGAACAGGCGCGUGCUGCAGCCGCCCGAGACGGAGCUCAUGGAGCGGAUGAAGCAGCGCGGCGGAGAGGUGACGGAACGGUUCCUGAUGAACUUCAUGGAGCAUCAGGUUAGCCGGAUCGAGACUUGCGUCUCGACCCUCGCCGUCCGCAAGCUCGUCCUAACCCACGAGGACCCGACCAACCCGAACCCCACCAACCAGAUCAGCGACCUACGUGCGCCCAUGUCCGAGGUGCUCGAGACGCUAACCCAGCGGCUUGCUCUGCUACAAAGAUACGAGGCCCGCUAUGGCCCGUUGGGCGACGCAGGCGGAAUACCCGCCUCCGCCUCCGCCUUAACACUGCAUGAUGAUCUCCCAAGCGACAUCCCGGUCGGCCUCGGCCGCCGGGUCCGGGCUUAA